AUGGUGUGUGAACAGAGAACAGAGAUAAUAGAAUACAUAACUCUCCACCCACCAAAAAGAACAAGAAGCAUCAUUGGUUUUAACAUGGAGUUGACACAAGCAAACGCCAUUUCAUCCUUGAUCCUUUUCCUAAAUAGAAUUCUUUGUUGGGAUAUUGAGAAAUUAUUUGUAUGUAUCCAUUUCUUCCUUCAUACUUUUCCAAAGUUUGUAUCUACCAAAUGGAAGCUUUGGAGGAAAUCCAUAGCAUCUAACAGUGAACAAUCAAAUAAAGAAUCAAGAAUUCCAGAGAGCUCAAUCAACGUAUACUUUCAGAACACAGAGCUGAACAUGGUGAUGGAUAGGCUGAAUAUAGUGUGUACAGAAGAUGGAGAAGGCAGCAUUUUUGGUGUGGCCGAGUUUUCGGUGCUGCUUGAUGAAGAGCCCAGUUUGCAAGAAGUUAAGGAAACUUUCGAUGUUUUCGAUGCAAAAAAAGAUGGUUUCAUAGAUGCUAAUGAGCUUCAGAGAGUUCUGUGCAGCCUUGGCCUGAAGGAAGGAUGUGAAUUGGAAGAAUGCAGAAGGAUGAUCAGAGCUUUUGAUGAAAAUGGAGAUGGACUAAUCGAUUUUAUUGAGUUUGUGAAGUUCAUGGAGAAAUGCUUUUACCCUUCGAUUUAA